AGGCGGGCGAGUCGGGCCCCGGGCGGCGAGUCCUGGAGUAACUCGCCCCGCCAGUCGCACGCGAUGGGCCGGAGGGAAGCGAGGCUCGCGCGCGCCGCUUGUCUGGCAGUUGAAUUGAUCACCCAAAUUGUGGCUAUUUCGUGCAGACAAUCAGAUGACGUCCCGCUGGUAAACUCCAGCGCACACACUCAGGAAAACACUCAGGAACUCUUCGCUGAGUCAGAUAUCCAGUACUUGUUGUUCACAAAAGUGAACCCGGUGCUGCCCAGUGUUCUGAGGAAUGGAGAUGCAUCGUCACUCGGUCACUUCGACGCGGCGUUCCCGACGGUCAUGGUGAUACACGGGUUCCAGUCGAACCAGAGAACCGUGAUGCCCAUCGCAGAAGCCUACCUAGGUCUGCAAGAGAACAUGAAUGUGAUCGUGGUGAACUGGACCGCGCUGGCGACCACCAGCCUGCUGCGCGCCAUCGAGGGCUCAGAAGCAGUGGCCGCGACGACGACCCGCCUCAUCCACUUCCUGGCGACCCGUGGCCUGGACCCGCGGCGCCUCACACUGGUCGGCUUCAGCAUAGGCGCGCACAUCGCCGGCUUGACCGCCUACCGGGUGAACAGCGUGUCGGUAGGCAAGAUCGUGGGUCUGGACCCCGCCGGGGUCUUCUACUACUCGAAGAGCAAAAUGAAGAAGCUGGACCGUUCCGACGCGACCUUCGUGCAGGUCGUGCACACCACCGCCAACACCAUCGGCUACAACGGCGACUUGGGGCACGCGGACUUCUACUUCAACGGAGGCACCGAGCCACAGCCCGGCUGCAAGCUGUUCACACCCUGCUCACAUCUCAGAGCCACAGAAUACUACGCCGAGUCUGUGAAGGACAAAAUCCCCUUCAUCGCGACCCAGUGCUCUGACAUUAAGAAGUAUCAAUCAGGGGAUUGUCUGUUUAACCACAGAACCAUCUUCGGCCCUCAAACUCCCGCAAGCAUUCGAGGAAAAUAUUUUCUGUCAACAAACGAAAUCCCUCCAUACGCACAAGGAUGAAUAAUAAAUGAAGUAAAUAUGUGGGGUUUGUGAUGACUAAAAUAAAUUAACCUUAUAACAAAUAACACCAUAAAAUUAUAAUAAAUUACAUCAUAAAGGUUUAAGAAAGUGAACCUUAUUCCACAGAUUUUCACUGGUAUAUGGAAGCUGGGACGAGUGAUAAAAUAAAGAAACAUGGUGCUGUGUAAGACUGUUGUCGCGCUAACCUAUUAAAAAAAAAUUAAUUAAUAA